AUGCCUCGACAGAAAAAUCUACCGAAUAAACGACACAUUGGCAAGCAAGAUCCAUACUGUACGCUCAAGCUACACAGCGACACGAAGCGAACAAAGGCCGUCAAGCGUGGUGGACAGCAUCCGGAGUGGGACGAGGAGAUUCGAUUCGAUCUCUUUGAAGAUAUUGAGGAUGAGCUCGCGCGUACUGCGCGUCACGGCGCCUCAAGCCCGCCGGCACCCCCGCCCAAGGACCAGCACAAGGACCGCAAAGUCAAAGGUGGCAAGAAGAUGCGCUUGCUCUGUUAUGCAGACGAUCCACGAGAGCCCGAACUCAUUGGAGAAACCAUGGUCGAUCUCACAGAGGUCUUGACAAAGGGCGAAACUGAUGAAUGGUUUACCCUGAUGAACAAGGACAAAUAUUCGGGAGAAGUCUACUUAGAGUUGACAUUUUGGUCAAAUGACAAACCUCCGGAGAAGCCACAUUCCGCUCGACCCUCGACGCUCAACCCCCAGUACGGCGGUCCCGGCUCGUUUACCCCGUCCGGAGGCGAGGCUUCUGCACAACCCGGCCAUACGAAUAGCUCUGGGAGUUCACCAGCCGGUGGAAACAGGGUAUCACUACACGGAAGGAAUAGCUCAGCGGUGGAUGCGCCGCUGCCGUCGAACAGCUCACUAGCAAACGUGAGGCCAUAUGUCCCCCCGUACGACCGCGAGCCACUUCAUCAUACGCGCAAAUAUGACCCUUCGAUGGAGUUUGGAGAUGCUUCAAGGCGGAGAGAUAGCUAUCCUCCACACAACGCGCCUCAGUCGUCCUUUGUGUACCAAAGUGCAACUUCUGCCUAUGGCCAAGCUGCUAUCGCAAAUCCAUACGACCCAAACCACGUCAAUGUACCGACGGCGGACCCGUAUGCAUCCACUCCGACUCCUUCGACGUUCUAUCCACCUCAGCAACCUCAAUUUGGUGGCUCCGUCUUUGGUCAACAAGGUCCAGGGAUGGUUUCAUCUGGCUUUGCACCUCCUCAGCCUGCCAUGACGCCGCAGCCAUCUGGCUUCCAGCCAAUGUUCUCAGGCUUCAAUGCCCCCAGACCAGCAGCCACGCCGGUCCCAAACUUUAUCCCUCCACCAUCGGCUAUGGGUUUCCAUGGGUAUCCUAAUCAACCCAUCUAUCCGAGUCCGACACCCGUGCCCCCGCAGAAUCAUCAGAUUCCGCCUUUCCAGCAUCAGCCACACUCUUUCCCUUCAGCAUUGCCACCAGCACAUACGGGGAUCGUUCCUCCCGCACCGCCUGCAUCUGCUCCUCCCGUGCAGCCUUAUGGCGUCGCCCCACAACCCACCCCUGCUCCAUUUGCCCAGCAGCCGAUCAAUCAAGGUGGUCGCCCACUACCUGAUCAACCUCAACAAGGGCCAUUGACGUUCCCAAAUGCCAUGCCAUACAAUCAUAACCAGCCUCUGGUACAAUCGCCUACGACUGCCCAUCCGAGCCCGCUCACGCAGCCGCCGGCCGUCAGCAGUGGCUUUGUUCCUCCACCACCUCCACCACCUAUCCAGACGCAUCGUAGUUCUUCGUUGCCUGUGCCAGGUGCGACGAACGCUCCUCCGAUGGCAUCUCCGGUUAAUGGCUACGCGGCGAACCAACCCUUUGCUGCUCCACCGCAGCAACAGCAACAGCAAGCAAAUGGUGGGACGAUCUCUGCACACAAUACGGGCGGUUCGUCGGGACGAGCAGGACUUCCUCUCCCACCUCUUCCCAAUCCACCAGUCGGAGGUGGUCAGAUGCAGCAACCGCAGAUGCAAUCUGCAUUCUACACGGGAGCUCCGGUUCCGAACGCAGCAGGCCUCCCUGGACCCCCUCCGCCUUUACCGAAGCCGCCAGUCGGAGCUAGCCAGGCACCAUAUGCCGCGAAUGCGACGAACUUUACCCCGCAGCAACAGCAGCCGUAUCAAGGCGGUCAGCAGGGCCCGUGGCUGCAACAGCCGCCGCAAGCGACUGGAUUCGCAAAUGGUGGGUUUGGCCAACCAUCGCAUACGCCAGUACCCCAGGCUGGUGUCUAUCCUCCGCCACCACAAGUGCAGACGCCCUGGCACUAA